AUGUGGUGGUGGUGGUGUGGGAGAGGAAGCGUUAGGAGCAUUGUCGUCAAGGAGGGUGAGAUCGGAUCGGCUCUCAACCUGAGCUCAUUGAAGAAAUCAAAGAAGAAGAAGAAGAAGAAAGCAUCGAAAGAGAAUCCAUACUCGAGCCUAGGCCUCGAUAAGUUCUCCUCGUUACUUUCUAUCCUCGAGGCUCAAAGGACAGGCAUCGAAGCCGAAUCAGAAGAUGCGCCGACGACGAUACUUUGGUUCAGGUUCACUGAGUCAAACGAUUGCGUGCCAAUCUUUAAAAAGUUCAAAAACGACACCAAAGAAACUGGUCGCCGAGAAAUGCCGUCGGAAUCGCAGCCAUCUCCUGCCGAGCAUGCCCAAGACAAAAAUGUCAACGAGCUUGAUGUUCUCAAGGGUGUUUGCUAUAUACUGCGCUACGAUAUGGUGGUAUUUGGUGCCAAGAAUACAAGGCAAAGAUCCGAGGAGAAAAUCGAGAAGGUUAAUGAGAAAGAAGAGUGUAAUCGUGUAAAUAUAGUUUUGCAGAAUACAUCAUUAUGA